UUUAUUAACGGAGAAAUGCUACAUUCUGAUAUAUGGCAACACUGAUUUUUAUUUUAUUUUAUUUCUGAUAAAAAAGCUUAUCACAGCAAAGAAUUUGGCGGCUAAAUUUUGUGAAAGUUUGCAAGCUUCGAGCUUUAAUUAAACUAUCAAAGAGCUACGUCACUGAAAACAAGAAGAAUACAUAUUAAAGUCCCGUAGGCUGUAAGCAACAAAAUGUCUAAACGUAAAGGCUUGAGCGUAGAUGAAAAACGAAUCAAAAUGUUGGAGAUUUUUCACGAAUCGAAAGAUUUUUAUCAACUAAAAGAAUUAGAGAAAAUUGCUCCGAAAGAAAAAGGAAUUAUUGUUCAAUCUGUAAAAGAUAUCGUCCAAGGUCUCGUAGAUGAUGGUUUAGUGGAUAGCGAUAAAAUUGGCACAUCUGUUUAUUAUUGGUCGUAUCCCAGCAAAGCACUGAAUGCAAAAAAACGAAAGCUCGAUGAAUUGAAUACUAAAACCGAAGAAGUCACGAAGAAACUGAAAGAAACCGAGAAACAGGUCGAAACGGAAAAGGUUGGAAAAGAUGACUCUGAAGAACGUGGUAUUAUAAUACAAGAGUUAGAAGCAUUAACGAAAAAAGAAGACGAAUUACGGAAAAAGCUACAACAAUACAAAGAUAACGAUCCAGAAUUGUACGAAAAAAUGAACUCGGAUAUAAAAGUGAUCGUAGAAGCUGCGAAUAGGUGGACAGAUAAUAUAUUUGCGGUGAAAAGUUGGUGCAAACGAAAGUUUAAUAUCGAAGAAAACCUUUUGGAUAAACAAUUCGAGAUACCAUCAGAUUUUGAUUAUGUUACCGUUUGAAGAUUUAAUGCCUGAAGAUCCUCGUCAAUUAUUCCUCUAUUCUAAGUACAAAUUUUAAAUUUAAUUUAUUAUAAAUCCAAAGCAUUUUUAAAUAUAAUAUUCUACUAUA